GCCCAGCAUAGCGACGUCACUGUCACCGAGGCAACGGAGACUCAAACAUAGAGAAGAGCCUGGAGCAGAGGAAACAUGACUUUACCACUCUUACCUGGGAACACAUUCAACAAGAAUUUGGGAAGGGAGAAAUUUCAUAAAUCUCAUCACUUUGACUUUCCAAACGAUGUCCCAACAAUGGUGGGAGAGGAGAAACCUGGCAUUGGUGGUGAACCAUUAGUUGGUCAAAACCUGAAACCGAAGUUCAGUGUCUUUCCAAAGGGACAUGGCAGUGACGCACCAGCAUGGGUUGUCUUUGACAAGCAGGUGCUUUGUUUUAAAGCCUAUUUUCAAGAAAGUGUUCAAGAAAGAAGAGAUGAACAGUACCGAGUAAGAAAGUGCAAGAUUUACUUUUAUCUGGAAGAUGAUACAGUACAAGUUGUUGAACCAGAAGUAAAAAACAGUGGCAUCACACAAGGAACUAUAAUUCAUCGACACCGUAUUCCACUUCCGCCUCCAAAUGAUGAUCGGUUUUAUACAGUGGAUCACUUCAAUAUUUGUCAAGAGAUUGUUUUCUAUUCAAAGACAUUUAUGAUUGUAGACUGUGACCAGUUCACAAGAAAUUUUCUGCGAAAAAUGGGUGUUAAACUGAACCCACCUGGCUGCAUUCCUGAGGAUCCUUACACUUCAAAACGUGAAGAAAUGGAAAAAAAUAUGCAGCCCCUUCGUCCCUAUGAGAAGAUCGAUAAGCUUAAGCAGUUCCUGGACCAUGACACGCAUGUGCUGCGAUUUUACUGUUACUGGGAUGAUUCAGAAUCUCCGUUUGGAGACUUCAGGGAACUCACCUUGCACUAUUUCUUGGCAGAUGAUACAAUCGAAAUCAGGGAGGUACUUCAGCCAAAUUCAGGUAGAGAUGCUGUUGUAUUCCUCCACCGAAGCAAACUACCAAAGAUUGUUCCAGAUCGGUUAUAUCACCCUGGUGAAAUUACAGAUCGCACAAUACUGAACACUACUGCACCAUCAAGGCAUGACAGCCGCUAUAUCCUUGAUAGCCUUAAGACUGGAAGUGUGUACCAGGAGUUCUACAAGGACUGUGAUCUAAUGAUUGGGACAGUGAUAAAUGCCUGGGGACGAAAAAUAGUUCUCUGUGAUUGUGAUGAAUUCACAAAAGAAUACUACCGGAAUAAAUAUGGUGUUGUGGACUUCACACCAGUCAAAUACAAGUCAAAACCAACCACUAAAAUUGAAAGACAAAUCCCUCCAUACAAUGGCUUUGGAUCAGAGGAGGACUCGCUCAAUUCAACCUUGGGCCUGGUGCCCAAAGCGCCUCAACCUAAUAUUAAAAAAUUCAUGGAGAAGGACAGACAGGGACUGGAAAGCAACGUGCUCCGGUUCAGUGCCAGACUGAUUACAGAUGAUCCGAUCAACAGCGAACGAAAAUUUGUGAUUUCAUAUUAUCUGAGUGAUGACACCAUUGCUAUUUUUGAACCUCCUAUUCGAAACUCAGGUAUUUCAGGUGGUAAAUUUUUAGAAAGAGGGCGAAUAAAACUACCUGGCCAAGAACUUUUUAAGAGUGAACCAUCUAAGUAUUAUACUCAACAGGAUCUAUUCAUUGGAGCUAGGCUCUGCGUCUACGGGAAUUAUUUUUGUCUGGUAGAUGCUGACGAGUAUACUUUCUGUUACAUGGAAAAGAAUGCAGAUGAACACCAAAAGGCUAAUAUUUGCACAAUUCUGACGAAGCUCAAAACAACUGGUGAAUUACAUUCCCUUGAAAUAAAAAGAAUGCUUUCAAGUCAUGAUCCUAAAAGGAUUGGCAUUAUUAAUUAUGAUGAUUUCAGGAAUAUUGUGAUUCAGAUUGGAGAAGGACUGCUCACCGAACAUGAAAUCAUGACAAUUGGACGCUACUAUAGCAUCCGUGAACAACUAAAAACACACAUAUGUCUGAUACUACAUGUUGUCCAAGAGGCAUUGAGAAAGAGCUCCUUUGAGGAUUUUACCAAAAUAUCUGAGGCUUUUAUGUAUGAGGAUCGACAAAGAACUGGAUUUUUGCCAGUCCAGGAAAGUAGAAAUAUUCUGAAAGGUUUCCAGCUACCUAUACCAAAUGAAAUUCUUGAUGAAAUGAUUUUGAAUUUUCUAGGUGCUGAUGGACAAGUGGCUUACCGGAACCUUGUCUUAGGCAUGAACUGGCGCGAAAACCCUGUACCCCAUGUAGAUGUAAAACAACCUUUGGAGGUUAACAAAGCUGGGAGCGGAGAGUUUCCAAUUAAGAAAGUGACAGGCAUCAACUAUAUAGCCUUCAUUGAAGAUUUAUUUGGCAAGCAGGAGUGAAAUGACGCUGUAUUGGUCUUAUUUUUAAAAAAAACUUUGUAGAAAUAACUUUCUGAGAAUUCUACUAAGACAGUUGUUUUAUUAUAGGACCUUAGCAUAGAUAAGAAACUAUUAAUACCUUUCAGCAGCUCAGUAAUGUAAUUCCAGUUAGAAAUUGGUCUGAAAUGAUGAAAUGAAAAGAGCUUCACCAAUCCUCUCUUCUGUGAUUAA